AUGAUCCGAUGUCGUAGAUCUUCUAUUGUAGUUUCCUUCUCGAUAGAUGACCGAGAUGACCGUAGAAGUCUGUUGCUUCUUCGAAGUCAUAUUCUGAUGCGCCUGACCUGGGUAGAUUGGAAGGUUUAUAACGAUUACACCUUAACCUGCCUAUCUAUCUAUCUAUCUAUCUAUCUAUCCGAACCUGAUCAUAUCGAAUUCAUAUUCAUAUAUAUUUCAGUCUGUUAUCUCUCUCAAUCUAUUUAUCUUCACAGCUACUUUUCUAUCUAUCUAUCUAUCUAUCUAUCUAUCUAUCUAUCUAUCUAUCUAUCUAUCUAUCUAUCACAGCAUCUUUACUUCUAUCUAUUUAUAUCAGCAUCUUUACUUUUAUCUAUCUAUCUAUCUAUCUAUCUAUCUAUCUAUCUAUCUAUCUAUCUAUCUAUCUAUCUAUCUAAACAUGAUCAUAUCCAAUUCCUUUCCUGGUUAUAUAUUUCAGUUUGUUACGCCUUUUUAUCUAUCUAUCUAUCUAUCUAUCUAUCUAUCUAUCUAUCUAUCUAUCUAUCUUAG